AUGCGCCUGUGCCGUGUUGUGUUAUUGGGAAUUAUCGCCCUAUUUGCAAGGAUCAAUGCAAGCUCAGAUACCCAAGCCGCAACAAGAAAUCUCGCAGCUUCUGAACACGGCGUCUCCACCGACAGGUCUUUGAGAUCCGGCUACAUCGCCAAAGAGGACAACGAAGAGAGGGUUGCCCUUGGAGGUGAUAAACUACUGGCUGCAGUGAAAGCCGUCCCCGGCCUUGAUGAUGUGGCUGCAAGUCUGAAAAACAAACAGUUGGCUCCCAAAGAAGCAUUCAAGUUCUUCGUAUUGGACGACGUAGCGGAUAACCUGUUUGCCAAUCCGCAAUUUAAGAACUGGCUGAAUUACGCCACGGAAUUCAGAAAAGCGAAUCCACACGCUAAUACGGGAUCCGUCAUUGAUAUGCUUGCAGCUCACUACACAGACGACGUUUUGGUUCGAAUUAUCAAAAUAGCUAAGAAAGACCCAGCCACCCAGAUACGAGCCGCGUACUUCGAGGAUGCCUUAGUUGGUAAAUGGGUGAAAGACGGACAAACACCGGCAUACAUUUCGAGCAUGUUUGGUAGACAAGUAACCCCGGAAGAGGCCUUCAAGCUACUCAAGUACGACAUGAGAACGGAUAACUUUUUCGGGAGUCGGGAAUACAGCGCUUGGCUAUCGUACGAUAACUUUUUCAAGAGCGAGAAUCCCAACGUUCCAGUGAAAUCACUGGUCGAUAUACUGACGACUCACUACGAUGACCAAAAGUUGGUAGAAAUCAUCAAUGCAGUGCAGACCAACAGAUUGUCGAAGCUCAGAGCCGCGAACUUUGAAAAGUCCCUGAUCGCUAAAUGGAUGGAAAACGAGAAAACCUCGACAUACAUCUCGAACACGCUGGGCAGAGAAGUGACUCCAGAUGAUGCCUUCACCUUGCUCUCACUCAACAAGGAUGUGGAUAACUUAUUUACGCAUUCGGAAUACGAUACCUGGCUCAAAUACGCAAUAUCUUUCAAGAAAGAGAACCCAAACGUUGAAGCGGAUCCAGUUAUCGAAACGCUCAUGCUUAAUUUUCGUGACGAUGCGCUGUUCGAGCUAAUCAAGAAGGCAGAAAUGACUCCAGCGACGGAGAAAAAGGCUGCUUUCAUCAAGAAUGCUCUGCUCGACGAAUGGGUGGAAACCAAAGUGCCACCAGCGUACGUCAUAAACAAACUGGCCACGUCGGAGCAGGAUAGGAAGAAGUUGUUGAAGACGUACCUGGACAAAAUCUACUCGAGUCCUCUGUUUACGGCCAAGGAUUGAUACCUGUCAAUAGCUGCCCACGACGACCACGCGGAGAUAACCGAACUUUCAUCCUACCGCUAGCGUGAGUUGCUUGCAU